AAUUUACGCGUUAUUGUGCAUACCCACUAUCAAUUUUUUGCUACACUAAGCUGCCGUGUACAUACACAUUCUAGUGAAAAUCAGAUUUUUAUUGCUAUUGAACUUCGGUCUGACUAAUUGUGAGGAAGUCAUCGUCCUGGCUAUGUCCGUGUGGCGGUAUUGAGUGGUUCUGUGAUGUCUGACGGCGAUCCAUCUCUCGAGGAGGAUAUACCGCUACCGUUGCUUGAGAAAGUUGAAGAAAAUGUAUUUACACCUAAGAUAGCGACUCCGAUUUAUGCUGGGAGCGUGAAACUGCACCAUAGAAGAUCUGACGUUGCUGAGACUGAAUUAUUCCUGACUGACGCUCAGCGCAAUGAGCUUGCGUUCAAACAACUAUUCGAAAGUGGAGAUGGAGCUUUCCUCGAAGCGGAGAAGGAGGCGACGGAGAAGACGGACCUGCAGGCAAUGUCGGUGCUCAGCAAUUACCAGGACAAUCUCUCGCAGGACAUGAACACCGAUCGAGACAACGGUAGUGAAGCAUCGACGCGUGCGGCGGAGGAAUGCGGGUGCGGAGAGCCGGCAGGGCUCGCUGUCGGUAAUGGGAAAGAGCUCAACCACUGCUCUAUAGUGAUGGGAGGGGUGCUAAACAAUCCCUCCCUGACAUUCAACGACGGCUUACGCUCAAUAGACUACGUGCUGGUGUGGGAGUCGGGUAAGGAAGAAGCGAGAACGCGAGAGGCGCUCGAAAGAAGGAGGGUUUUUGAGGAGAAUCUCAUUGAAGCAGGAUUGGAGCUCGAAAGGGAUGCGCCACCUGACUGCCAUGGGCUUCAUUUUGUUAAGAUACACGCUCCACUAGAAGUAUUACGAGACUACAGUGAGAUUCUUAAACUUCGAAUGCCAAUGAAGGACUGCAGUAAGGUACGCAAAGGUGGAAGAACGAAUGCCAUACUGAAUGCUGCCUUGUACAUGUCGAAGUUUACAGCUCUGAAGAAUGUAGAAGAGAAGACAAAUAGUUUGAUGGAUCAGAUGGCCGCCUGUUGGGAUCGGUUCAUGUCCAAGAUUGAAGUAGACACGAACUAUUUUCCUGAGAGGAAGCAUCGCCUUACUGCCAUCUAUUCAAAGGAUAAGGAGUACUUAUUCGACACACAAUCGGAAUGCUUCUGGACACCGUCUAUACGUUCACGCAUCGUGCAAUUCAUAUUGGACCGCAAAAAGUUCUCCGAGCACCCUACGGACGACUUCUGUUUCGGAAUUUCACGACUCAUCUCCAAUAACACAUAUAGUGCCGCUUAUCCGUUACAUGAUGGUGAUAUUAAAACGCCAGGGUCAAUGCGACACCUGUUGUACACGGAAUGGGCGGACAUCACCAAAUGCCUCAAGUAUCAACCUCUCGACUACGUCAAAGAUUAUUUCGGAGUUAAAAUUGGCUUGUAUUUUGCAUGGCUGGGUUUCUACACGCACAUGCUGAUUCCUGCCUCGAUAGUGGGCCUCAUUUGUGUCAUUUACGCCGCUGCAACUAUAUAUAAUCAUCCUCCGAGCAACCAAAUCUGCAAUUACAACUCGACGAUAAAGAUGUGUCCGCUGUGCGAUCACUUUUGCGAGUUUUGGGACUUAAAGGACACAUGCGUCCAAUCACGCAUCACGUAUCUCUUCGACAACUCUACCACUGUGUUCUUUGCUGUUUUCAUGAGUUUGUGGGCUGCGUGUUUCUUAGAGAUGUGGAAGCGCUACUCAGCGGAGAUGACGCACCGCUGGGACUUAACUGGCUUCGACGUUUACGAGGAACAUCCCCGUCCGCAGUAUUUGGCUAGGCUAGCACAUGUUAAACGAACACAGCUCAACGUGGUUACGGGAGAACGCGAGCCUAUGGUACCGUUUUGGCGAAUGCGACUCCCAGCUGCCCUCAUGUCGUUCAGCGUGGUCUCCUUACUCGUUCUCCUCGCGUUAGCCUCGGUGCUGGGUGUAGUAUUGUACAGAACUUCGCUCUUGGGAGCUCAAAUACUGCGACAAAACGAAAACAAGCUGAUUACUACUUAUCCUAUCUUGUUUACAUCCAUCACCGCUGCCUGUAUCAACUUGGUGUUCAUUUGUAUAUUUAAUUAUAUCUAUCAAUACCUCGCCGAAUGGCUAACGGAGAAAGAGCUCCUCCGCACACAAACGGAAUUCGAUGAUUCUUUAACUUUGAAAAUAUAUUUGCUGCAAUUCGUCAACUACUACGCGUCGAUAUUUUACAUCGCCUUCUUUAAAGGCAAGUUUGUGGGGAGGCCUGGAGACUAUGUUAAGCUAUUUGGACAUCGGCAAGAAGAGUGUGCACCCGGAGGGUGUCUUCUGGAGUUGUCCAUUCAGUUGGCGAUCAUAAUGAUCGGUAAGCAGUUCAUCAACACCAUCGUCGAAAUGAUGAUGCCUUACUUGCUCAAGUGGUGGAAUAUCAUCCGCACUAUUGGACGGAAGAAGCGGAUGAAAAACUCUAGUCAAUGGGUUCAAGACUUUAAGCUAGUUGAUUUUGGCCAAAUGGGAUUGUUUCCUGAAUAUUUAGAAAUGGUUCUCCAGUACGGGUUCGUAACAAUAUUCGUGGCAGCGUUUCCGUUGGCCCCUCUCUUUGCACUGAUAAACAACGUGUUGGAAAUGCGUUUAGACGCCAAGAAGUUCCUUCGUUGCUACCGGCGGCCCGUACCGCAACGCGUCAGCGAUAUCGGCGUAUGGUACCGCAUUCUUGACUCUAUUGGGAAACUCAGCAUCAUUACCAACGGUUUCAUAAUAGCGUUCACAUCAGAGUUCAUCCCUAGACUGGUGUACUGGUACGAGUACGGACACAUGAAUCAGUAUGUGAACCACACACUGGUGGACUUCGACGUCAAUCUGCUUAAGGAAUUCUUGCCAAAAGAAAGCAAGUAUGAAGGGGACAAAUGCAGCUACUGGUACAAUAAACCCGACGAUGAUUAUGAACGCAGUAAUUGGUACUGGCAUGUGUUCGGUGCCAGAUUAGCCUUUGUCGUCGUGUUCGAAAACGUAGUAGCCCUGGUAAUGAUCAUAAUAAAAUGGGCGAUUCCGGACAUAUCGAGCGAGCUCCGUGACCGCAUAAGACGCGAGGCUUACGUCAUCAAUAGCCUCAUACUGGAAGAGACACGAUCCCGGUCCCGGGCUGACCGGAGUUCCCGUUCCCGGUUCCUCGAGACAGAGGCACAAGCAGUGGAUGUAGAGCCGUCGAAUCUACAUGAUCUGGUGGCCAUGUCUGGCUCGGACUUCGACUUGGCCGCGCACGGUGGGUACGACCCUCACAAUAUGACAACAAAUAUCGUGGCGCCGGAGCUGCCGGACGACGACGAGUACGGGCCGACGCAAGUGUAAAAUAAGUAAUAUUUGUAAAACUUUUGUUAUAAAACGGUAAAAAAUCAAAGAGUCAGGGAAAGAAUAAGAUACUAAGAUUAGGUUCAGAUGGAUGCACAUUGGUCGCGUGUUGAAACGUUCAAUUGACCAGAGACAAUGCACGGUGCAAAAGCAAAGUAGGAAAUCGUCUAAAACGUCAUAUUACGACAAAAACGCGCGUUGAUUUGAACAGGUACACUG